AUGGCCUUCCUCAUCCUCGUCAUCGGGGACAUGCACAUCCCAGACCGAGCCCUCGACAUACCAGCCAAGUUCAAGAAGCUCCUCUCUCCAGGAAAGAUCUCGCAGACCCUCUGCCUCGGCAACCUCACCGACAAAACAACCUACGACUACCUGCGGUCCAUCUCCCCCGAUCUCAAAAUCGUCAAGGGCCGCCUAGACGUCGAGGCCACUUCUCUCCCCAUCACCCAGGUCGUCACACAGGGCUCGCUCCGUAUCGGCUUCCUCGAGGGCUUCACACUCGUCAGCCCAGAGCCCGACCUGCUGCUGGCCGAAGCGAACAGGCUGGAUGUCGACGUGCUGUGCUGGGGCGGGACGCAUCGCUUCGAUGCCUUUGAGUACAUGGACAAGUUCUUUGUCAAUCCCGGGAGCGCGACGGGCGCAGAGAACAUGGGCGCGGGGCUGGAGGCGGAGGAGCCGACGCCGAGUUUCUGUUUGAUGGAUGUGCAAGGUAUCUCUCUCACUCUUUACGUAUACCAACUACGAAAAGACGACAAUGGGAACGAGAACGUGGCCGUGGAAAAGGUGACAUACACAAAGCCGGUAGAGCCCUCUGGCGGAUCAUGA